AUGUUAACAGCUAAUCCUCCCAACAGUUCCACAACUGUGCAAGAGGAGAAUAGGGUUGGGAAUUCUGAAGGCCCUCCAAAACCAUCAACCGAAUCCCAAACACCUAGAACUAGCACUUCAUCUGGUGAUCAAACACACAUACCUCCAGUCGAUCAAACAAGUGGUAACCAAUCGAAUGAUAAUAUGGACAUUGAUACUGAUCAGACUAUUGGUAAUGAGUUACCAGCAGUCGAAAACAGUACGAUCAGUGAACCAAAGAAGGUUCAAUAUCCUCCUAUUUCAGAUCCUCCAGAAACAAUCGAACAACAGACUGUUUCAGUGGUAUCAGAGAGUAAGGAAAAUCAGCAACAAGAGAAGAAGAUCGAAACUUUUCAGAAAGGGUACUCGCUCCAAAAGACUGAUUCAGAUUCCAAUUACAAAAGACAACCAGGUAGCAACUUCUUCCAGUUCUAUUGUCAGCAAUGAGGCAUUCUUGAAACGAACCAUCUAUUUGUGGCAAGAGAACAAUCAAUACAGCAAGGUAGAGGUUUUUGAUGAUAGAAAAAGAAAAUUGGGAGAGAUGGAACCGAUUGGGCAACAAUUUUAUGUAAUGAGAGGUAACUUUGAUCCAUAUGUCCAUUCUGUCGUUUUACAAAUGCACGUUUCCAAGAAUGUAGUAAAUAGAUUUUUCACUGGCAAUGACAUUAGACCUUGUAUGGUCAUGCUUGGUGAAAGUAGAUAUAGUUUUGCGUUCGACCAAAACCAUACUGUUGGACUUGUAGAAUAUUGCCGUGUUAUAUCUGUAAACAGGUAGAAACAUUUAUGAAAAGUUAGAAAGUUUAUUAACAUCAUUCGUCCAAUCAAACAAAAAACUUGAUCUCUAUUAUGCUGUGACCUUUAUG